AGAUGUUAUCAGCUGUUCAUGAUGCAGGAUUAUAGAAUCAGAGUGCUCUACCAUCAUAUAAUUGGAGUAGGGAGCUGAUACAAACUUCAAGACAAGCUGGCGCCCAACUACGAGUUACAAUCGGACCCCAACUUCCAGGGUUGUUCAGCAGACGGUGGCAUGUGCAAAGCAUUUCCUUUCAUCGCUGCAAUGGUCAUACUUAUUGUCACCACUGGAACAUUUAAUGCAUUCACGAUACGGUGGUUGCUUGAAGAUACAUCAUUCAAUUUUAUCCCUAUCGUAGUUAUAUCAGAGAUCAUAUUUCUAUUCACUUUGCUCAAUUUCCUGCAAACAGCAUUCACUGACCCUGGAAUCUUACAGAAAGAGAACGAGGAAGAGAGUGAUAACGAUUUCCACACCCCUCUCUUCAAGAAUGUAAUAAUAAAUAACACGACAGUGAGGUUAAAGUACUGUGACACCUGUCAGUUCUACAGACCUCCCCGCACUUCUCACUGUAGCAUGUGUAACCGGUGUAUCGAGAACUUCGACCACCACUGUCCCUGGGUAAACAACUGUGUGGGGAGGAGGAACUACCGGUUCUUCUUCUGCUUCCUAAUGUGGCUAUCUCUCCACAUACUCCUCACUCUCUCACUAUGUAUAUACCGGUGUGCCAGUGUCAGGCCGUUAUGGUCCGACAUUCCGAGUUUAGUGGUGGCUAUAAUAUGUUUUCUAACGGUGUUCCCUAUAAUCGGUCUACUCAGUUUCCACAUAGCUCUUAUAAAAAUGGGGCUCACUACAAAUGAACAGGUGACACAUAAGUUUAGUGGUAGUGAUAACCCCUACUCACACGGCUGCGCCAAAAACUUUAUCAACCUCUUCUGUAAAGCCAAACCUCUCAGGUACCUGGGCUAUAAAGAGAUGUGUAACGCAAAGCCACGCCUCACAUUUCUGCGGAGAGAGAAGGGCUAUAAACUACAGGCCAGCGAGGAUAAUGUAUCCGAGUAUAGCUUACAAGUUGAAAACACGAAUGUGUGAUAAGUUUGUUACGAUGGAAUAAGGAAUUAGACACUUUAAAGACGUUACUUUGAUAUGCUGUAUAGUGUAUAUCAAGACAUGGAGGUCGAGUGCGGAUGAACAGAAUGGUUCAAGGCAGAAUACAGAGAGUUAAUUUGUGGGGCAGAGAUAUCAGGAUCACACAUGCAGUGCGCAAUUUUAAGAUAAUUAAUAUUAGGCCAGUCGGGGGAAAAGAUUUUAUUGAUUGUCGACUUUUAAGAGACCGAGAAAUGUGACACAUUGUGAGUGUUGUCCGGUAAUUCGGUAAAUGAAGCAGUACAUUAGUUUUGAAUAUAAACAUGGGCCAUAAGCCGUACUUUUGUGCAAAGUAUUUUAAAUCUAUAAAAUCGUAUUAUUAUCUUUUUAAACAACCUUCUUUGGAAGAUGUCAGCUUUGUAUGGUUAUCGUCAGUAUAAUCAGUUGAAAGGGAGGAUGUCAGGAUGUGUAAUACUCAAUACUCUGUAAUACCACACAUCCAAAAACCUUCAAAGAGCAGUUCAUUUUGAUUUGACCGGAGGUAUCCACUUCUUUGCAACAUGGCCAAUUCGCUUAUAAUCAAAAUACAUAUUCAUUGAUAUUGAUUUUAAACUAAAUUUUGGUGAUGCAAAUAUUGCAUAGGCUAACGCCUGACAUUCUCUAACGAUUACAACGCUUUUCAUGUAUAAAUGUUGUGGCACUACACUGAUAUAUUCAACUCUUGAAUAACGCGUAAAUUUAGGUGAAAUUAUGCCCGAUUUCGUUUGGUAUAUUUGUAUUUAUUGUUUAUGGAUGUGGUUUUUAUGUGCUUCGUAGAAGCUUGUAAAAGAGCAGUUAUAGUUCGGUGAUUGAUUUGUGGAAACUUAAGGUUUGGAUUUCUUUCAAGUUGAAUUUAAGAUUUUACACGCCCAUAAUUUCGUUAAGUUAUUAGUAAAACUUAUCUUCUGAAAGACAUGAUCAGUUAAGUUAAAUAUCGUUAAACUAAGAAAUUUGAAAUUAUCAACUGAGUUAAGUUAAAUUGUAUGUACUUUUCUUCAGCUCAACUAGAGUACCUGUGGACAGCUGUCUAUUUGUUUUUUAGUUCUAAUUCGUGUAUAAUAUUCUCUCGUCGCCGGUGCGGGUUGUUGUACACAGAUAUACAAUUACAUGAUCUUAGUUUGUUGCCCUACUUUUUAUGUUUGAAGAAAUAUUUUUAUUGGAUUUCAUGAAGUA